AGAGGACACAUACUAUCAAUAUAGAAGUUUUCCAACACAUACAAAUACUUAGCAACGACUGUAUCUACGUUUGUCCAGCUAAAAACAUGGUGCAGAUUCAUCCUAUCCAAGCAUUACCGGUGGACUCCAGCGUCAGAGAAGUCAAGACCUCGCCGUACGUGACGACGGAGCAAGAGAGUUUCACGAUUUGGAUGAGAUCUCUAGUGUACCACAGCAAAGGCUGCACUGUUUUUGAUUCCAAAGGAAACUUAAUCUAUCGAGUGGAUAACUAUGAUUCCAAGAGUUGCGGUGAAGUUUACCUUAUGGACUUGUACGGAGAAGUCUUGUUUGAAUUUCAACAAAAGUUUGAAUUAUUUAAAUCUUGCGAAGGAUGUAACUCAAACGGGACAAGAUUUCGAUUAAGAAAGAACUUCAAGAUUUCUCCAAGAGGUUCAUCUUCGUCUUACAAAGUUGUAAUGAAAUCUGGUAAAGAUGAUAUACAAUCAUGUUAUAAGAUUGUGAAUCAUGGGUCGGUUUUCACCAUCGAAGAUGGGUCGGGAAGAUUAUUGGCAGAAGUUAAAAAGAAACAAUCUAACAACAUUACUGGCUUAUAUUUUGGAGAAGAUGUCUUGACAAUGGUGGUGGAGCCACAAGUAGACCAUUCUUUCAUCAUGGAAUACAUAAAGAUGUGGAGAAGAACGGCGUCGUUCAUCCUCGACAACAACAAACCUCCUCCUUCUCCUCCACUCUCCGAUUCGAUGGCGGAGGUAAACCCUAACCCUAAUCCUAAUCCUAUUUCGGCUUACUACGAAACGAGAGCGAAGCACCACCAUGGGAUCGUGACGAGCGAUUGGCUAGAACAGGCACAAGCCGCCGCGCUUCUUCGCUCUCCCGUCGUCGCGGGAAGAAGACCAUUUAGCGUGAUCGAGGAGUUCAACGACUGGAGACAGCAGCCGGAUUUGGCGGAGGCAGUUGCGGCGAUUCGUGCUCUUGCGGCGGUUAUUAGGGCUAGCGAUGCGACUACGAUGAUGGAGCUCGAGAUCGAACUCAAGAAAGCUUCUGAUACCUUGAAAUCGUGGGACACAACUUCUAUAUCCUUAACAGCAGGAUGUGAUCUAUUCAUGCGCUACGUUACUCGAACAUCUGCGUUAGAGUUUGAGGAUUUCAAUGCAGCCAAGUCCCGCGUGCUUGGACGUGCUGAAAAGUUCGGAGAAAUAUCUUACAAGGCCCGGAAGAUUAUUGCAGUGCUUAGUCAAGAUUUCAUAUUUGAUGGGUGUACUAUACUGGUUCACGGGUUCUCCAGAGUUGUACUCGAAAUACUAAAAACCGCAGCUCAAAACAAGAAACUCUUUCGAGUGUUGUGCACAGAGGGAAGGCCAGAUAAAACAGGUGUACUGCUAGCUAAAGAGCUUGCGAAGCUAGAUGUUCCAGUGAAGCUUCUGAUUGACUCAGCUGUGGCCUAUAUCAUGGAUGAAGUAGACAUGGUGAUUUUUGGAGCUGACGGAGUAGUUGAAAGUGGCGGGGUGAUUAACAUGAUGGGUACUUACCAAAUCGCUCUCGUUGCACACAGUAUGAACAAACCAGUCUAUGUAGCUGCAGAGAGUUACAAGUUUGCUCGCCUUUACCCGUUGGAUCAAAAGGACUUGGCACCGGCCUUGCGACCUAUUGAUUUUGGUGUUCAUGUUCCUCCUAAGAUUGAGAUUGAGAGAUCUGCGAGAGACUACACUCCACCUCAGUACUUAACUAUGCUAUUCACUGAUCUUGGUGUUCUCACUCCCUCUGUAGUUAGUGAUGAGCUAAUUCAGCUUUACUUGUAAGUAAAAGGCUCGUCUGACAACUUUCAUUUCUUUGUAUAAAAAUUAGAAUACCAUUUUUUUGGAUAUACACAGACAUAUGGUUGUCUCUGA